AUGUCGAGGCCCAUGUUGCUUGUCUUCUUGCUGAUUAUACUUAUAAUCACCUCUCAGUUCGAGUGGAAGCAACAGCUUGUGGCCGAUGUUGACUCCAACCCCGCCGUAUCUCAGAAGCAGCAUCAGAUUUCUAAGGCUGAAGAAACCGUAAAGGAGAAGAUUAUUUUAGUGCAAGAGAAGAAUAUUCGAAGACUGAAUGAGCUUGUGCGGCAUCUCCAGGAACAACUGCAACAGUGUAGAGGACGCAAUGGAACCAUAAAUGGCACUGUAAGCCCUCUAGCUGAGCGGAUUCUUGAGCUUGAGCGACAGCAAAUUUUAGAGGAUUAA